AUGGGAUAGCUAUUUUUAAAGCAUAUGUAAAGCUGCCAUACUUCAGAAGAGGGGCUGGAGGGAUAUAGAUAAAUUGUUUCCAUCAAAUCCUAUUAAUAUGAUUACAGUUUAAAUUUAUAAGGUGAUAAAAUAAUAGUAAAGUCUCUAUUCCUUCACGAAAUUGAACAAGUUCAAACCACUCUAGCAAAGAGCAACAAAAAGUACCCCUAAGAAACCAAGGUGAUUGGCUAGGUGACAUCUUUUAGUUCCAAUGUGGUUCUUUAUGAUGUCACUGAACUUACUUCUGAAUCAGUAUGACUGAUGAUGUCACAAGGAUCAUCAGCAUAAAUUUUGCUGGCUAGCAAGAUGAUCUGAAAUGCCUCGACUGAAACAUCUUAACUAAAUCUCAGGGCAUUUUUCCACUCUGUUUCUGACCAAUUUUUUGGCUAUUGAUUUCUUUUUUUUCCAGUUGAGAAAGAAAAAUGUCCACUCAAGGACUAUCUCCAAUUUUUCCUCUGUUGUUUAUCUGCUUCUUCAGAGGGAGCUUCUGCAUUUGUGAUGGAACUAUCUGGGCUAAGGUUGGAUGGGAGAUUUUUCCCGAAGAAGUACACUAUCUGCAAGUUAAGCCUUCUUCAUCUCACUGCCUACCCUACCCUCUGAACAAAUUAUGCUGCAGUUUUGCUAACAUGGAUAUAUUUCAGGGUUGUUUACAUCUGUUUUCUAUUUUAGUUCAAGCUAUCUUUUUAAUCCUGUCUGUUUUAUCUGCGCAUUACCUGUGGAUGAAAUGGAAGAAACACCAAAAAAAGCUGAAAAAACAAGUCUCCUUAGAUACAUCUGGUAAUGAUCUAAAAAGCCGGUCUGUCUCUGACAUUAACCAAAUACUCUUCAGGCUGGUGGCCAUAGCAUCGAUGAUGAUGAAGUACCUGAAGCGUGUGUCCAACCGUCGUCCUGCCUCUAUGAAAGUUAAGCAUCGCAAAUUAAAGAAGAAGAAUGGAGGAAAAGGAGUCAAAAGAUACUAAACAUAUGCAUAUGCAAAUGUAGGUCAAUUCGGUAGGGAGAUUACAAAAGAAAACUCAUCUAAGGGUAAAAAUAAUCCUUUGGGAGGCUUUGUAAUUUAGUGAAAUUUUCCAAAGAAUCUGGGUUGAAAAGUUAUUUCCAUCCAGCUAAAAAGGAAUCCAUGCUUUCUAAAGUACUGGAAAAAGACUGCGUACUACCACUGCUACAUGUUUAAGUGUUUUGUUCUUUUUAAUGUGUUAGACUACUAAGCAUUAACCAAUCUGUAGAAUAGAAUCUUAGUUCACUGUUUUAAUAAAUCUGAUUUAAAUAAUAUUUGUGGAUUUUCCUGAGCAAAUUUUACAGUCACACAGAGGUUUUUAAUUCCCCAUCUCAGGUUGCUAAGAUGGCAUGAAAGUAUUAGGAAAUAGAGUAAUAAAAGAAAGCAUCGAUUUUUCAGUUUAAUAAAUAGUGAGUUAGAUAUUAAUAUUUUAAAAAUUUCAGGCUUUUGUGGAUCAGCCACAUCA